UAAUGUAACCUUAAUUCUUCUCUAUAUUGCAUGAACACAUUUUUUUUAAAUAAAAAUAAUAAUAAAAAAAAGAAAAUGGGAAGAGGCAAAGUAGAGCUGAAGCGAAUUGAAAAUCCGACAAGUCGGCAAGUGACUUUCUCGAAGCGUCGGAAUGGGCUUUUGAAGAAAGCUUAUGAACUCUCUGUUCUUUGUGAUGCCGAAGUUGCCCUUCUCAUCUUUUCCCCUUCCGGCAAAGCCUACCAAUUUUCUAGCCAUGACAUGGAUGGAACCCUAGCCAGGUAUAGGACUGACGUGGGGCUACCGCAAUCCAACCAUCCACAUUCACGAGCUCUGUUUUGGAAGAGUGAGAUAGAGGAUAUGAAAAGAUCAAUAAGCAGCUUGGAGGCAAGAUUAAGACACUUUGCUGGAGAGGAUCUGGAACCGUUAAGCGUGAAGGAGUUAAAACAGUUAGAAAGACAGAUGAGUGUGGGAAUAGAACGUAUCCGCUCUAAAAAGAGACGUAUCAUAGCAGAGCAUAUAAACCUGUUGAAAAGGAAGUACAAGGGUUUGCAAGAGGAGCACAGCCGUCUUCAGAAAAGAUUGAAUCAGCUUAAGGAUGUGGCUGUCACAACUUCAAGAAUCUCAGAUGCUAAUGGUGCCUCUGCACUCGACAUGGAAUUUCAGGUGGAUGGCUUAAUGAUUUAACCAAUAUGACUGGAGAAAAACCCGCCAACUUUUGGGGUUGAUGAUCACCAAGCUUUGUGUUUGGCAAAAACUUGUGUAAUUUUAUUUUAAUUUUCUGUGAUUCCCAACACUAUUUGACAGCAUAAAGAAAACAAAUGUACUUCUUGCAAAUGAAAACUGUUUAAUUACAUGAUGGAAAUACAACCAUUUAUAAAA